AUGCAGUACUAUACCUCUGCUGCCCUCGCGGCGCUGACUGGUAUUGGCCUGCUGCCCUUGGCAAGCGGUAUCACCACGGGUUUUGGCGAUUAUGCAGAUCUCUGCCCCGUCGCUUGCACCCCAAAUCCUAGCCAAUGGACCAAAUACCAUGGGAUCGAUCGCUUAUCUGGUUGCGAGGCAGACUUGCUGUUUGACUUCAACACCCUCCUCAAGCAGGUCGACUCGAACACCAUCUUCCGCACAUGCUCGCUCGCCAGCGACGCCAGUGCACCCACUGAUCUAGCCGAGCUAGCUUCCAGCAACACGCUUUCAGUUGAUUCGGGAUGCGGGGCCAAGACGAAGCAGCAAAAUGUCACCAUUGCGACUUCUGAUACUGGCACUGCACAGGAUAAAUCUGUGUCCAACGUCGCCCCAGGCGAUGUUGAGGCUGCGACCAAUAACUUGGCCACAUAUCUUAAGGAUCAUGCUUCGUGCGGUUCAUCCACUCUUUUCUCUAAAGUUAACAAUGCUGUGGUCGGCCUCUAUUCCGGCGCCGACGUGCAGCAGGCCAGCGCCGCUGCUCUGCUGGAGCGCUUUGGCAUCAACAUCUCUAGCGGCCGAACUAUACUUCAAACUUGCGGCAACAGUGGUAGCGGCGCUGAUACUACUGUUGGCAUUGUUAGUGGCAGUCUGCAGGAGUUGGGGGACUCGUUGCAUUCCUCUGUUCGGGCGUGGGCAAAUGGUACCUGCGUCGAAGGCCUAGGGGCAUCCUCGACACCUCACAUGCUGUCAGUCCUGGUCUCCUCUACUGCCGCAUCGAACAGCACCACGUCUGCUGCUGCGAACCGUCGCGGCGAGUGCAGAGACACCCAAGUCCACACUGGCGACAGCUGCGGAUCCCUUGCCAGUCGCUGCGGUAUCAGUGGUCCAGCUUUUGAAAAGUACAACUCUGGUGUCAAGAACUUGUGUUCAACCCUCAAGGACAAGCAGUAUGUCUGUUGCUCCGCAGGCACGCUUCCGGAUCAUCGCCCCAAGCCUGGCAGUGAUGGCUCCUGCAACGUCCACAAAAUUGAGAAAAAUGACGGCUGCUGGGCGAUUGCGGACAAGUUUGGCAUCACCCAAGAUGAUAUCGAGAAAUUCAACAAGAAGACCUGGGGCUGGGCGGGCUGCGACCAUCUCCAGCCAGAUCAGCUAAUCUGCCUCAGCACUGGCAGGCCGCCUUUCCCAUUGCCAGUCGAAGGUGCUAAAUGUGGACCCAUGAAGCCUGGCAGUAAGCCGAUUGCUGGCGACGACGACUACUCCAAGGUCAGCCCGUGUCCACUGAAUGCCUGCUGUGAUACUUGGGGCUUCUGUGGUAUCACGGAUGAUUUCUGCACAAAGACCCCCGCGGACACGGGUGCGCCGGGCACGGCCAAAGAAGGCACCAAUGGUUGCAUCUCGAAUUGCGGCACUGAUAUCAAGAAGAGUGACCCUCCUAGCUCUUUCAUGAAGAUCGCGUACUAUGAAGCUUGGAACUUUGAGCGCGAUUGCCUCCACAUGAACGUUGAUGCUAUCAAGGGCGACUACACCCAUAUUCACUUUGCUUUUGCAACGGUGGACAAGAAUUGGGGUGUUUCUCUCGACAAGAACAUCCAGAAGCAGUUUGACAGGUUCAAGUCGAUGAAGGGUCCCAAAAAGAUUUUGUCUUUUGGCGGCUGGGCCUUCUCAACAGAGCCUGACACCUACCAACGUUUCCGUGACGCCACAAAAGCUGAAAAUCGCGACAAGUUUGCAUCCAGUGUUGCAAAGUUUGUUAGUGACAAUAGCUUAGAUGGUCUCGACUUCGAUUGGGAGUACCCUGGCGCGCCAGAUAUUCCCAACGUGCCACCUGGCAGUACAGACGAGGGCUCCAACUAUUUAGCGUUCCUCAAGGUGCUCAAGGGGAAGCUUGCUAAGGGCAAGAGUGUAUCCAUUGCGCUGCCAUCGUCCUUUUGGUAUCUCCAAGCAUAUCCAGUGAAGGAUUUGAACUCUGCUGUCGACUAUUUUAUUUACAUGACCUACGACUUGCACGGUCAAUGGGACUACAACAACAAAUACACCACUCCAGGGUGCGCGAAUGGUAACUGCAUUCGAUCUCAUGUUAACAUCACCGAAACGAAGACAUCUCUAGCGAUGGCUACCAAAGCUGGAUUGUCAUCAAAUAAGGUGGUUGUUGGAGUAGCCAGCUAUGGUCGAAGCUUCCGCCUCCAGCGCCCUGGCUGCUUUACCCCUGACUGCCUUUUUACCGGCAGUCCUACUCAGUCAGACGCGUUUCAAGGUCGGUGCACGAAUACCUCCGGCUACAUUUCCAAUGCGGAACUUAAGGAGAUUGCGGACAAGAAAAAGUACUCCUACGUCAAGAGCUGGUAUGACAAGGAUUCAGACUCCAACAUCAUGGUUUAUGGUGACGGUCCGAAGCACGACUGGGUUGCUUAUAUGGAUGAUGACAUCAAGGGUAAGCGUGUUGACCUCUACAAGGGCUACAACAUGGCUGGCACAACCGACUGGGCAGUGGAUCUGGACGAAUUCCUGAAGGAUGAUGGCGGCAACCCCGAUGAUCCAACCAAUGACCCAAGCAAGUUGACUUGUAAGGAUGCCAAGAUGUCUUACAAGAACCAAGACAUCUCGCCCAUUUACUUCGAUACCUACGGUGAUGCGUUGACUACCUAUGUGGUAAUUGUCAACCUCACCCCACACAAGUUCAAGAUGACGUCUACGAGCCACUACCAAUAUGAUAUCGACUUCAAAGAUGUUUAUCCUGGUAGCAUGAUGCAGGGUGCUUUCUCCCGUGGCAGCGGAGGAAGUCCUGUCGAUGACCACGCUGAGAUUUACUACGAUGUUGAGGGUACUGACAAGAAAUUUGUUAUCCGUUUAACCAACAACGAUAAAGGCACUGGUACUUUUGAGCGAGUCAUCUGCGAUUUGCGAGGUAUUGGAAUCGGCUCUAGGGAACUGAAUGUUCCCGGGCAAGUCCCGCUCGUCAUCACAGGAAGCAAAAGGGCUGGUUUCCGCUCUUCUCUUUUGGUAGACCAAAAGGUUGCUGGUUGGAUGCAAUCUAUCAAAGAUACUAUUAAAGAUCGCAGAGUUAAGGAUGUUGUUUUGCCGGGUACCCACGACUCGGCUAUGAGCACAAUCAGCCACAAGCUCAUCACCGCCGCAGACAGCCCCAACACGCAAACUCAGGGGAUGAGCAUUUACGACCAGCUGCGCCUUGGUGCGAGAUGGUUUGAUCUGCGUGUCAUAUCUGUUCAUGGAACGUCUGGCUUGGAAGGCAGCUACGACUUUUACGGCGCUCACGUUAACGACGAAACUAUGGCUGCUUGUAUCGGUAACACUGGUCAGUCGCUCGAUGAUAUCGUCUCCGAUAUCAACAAGUUUACUUCGGAGAACCCAGGUGAAGUCAUGUUCUUCCGAGUGCGCUACAUGGUCGGCAUUCGCAAGGUGCCCAGCCUAGGCCCGAUUCACUGGGGUGGAGACGAUUGGAGCGACUUGUACGACGAUUUCUUGGACCGCAUGCAGAAAGUCAACAACCGCUGUCUGAACAUUGACGGUGACUUUGGCGGAAAGAAGAUGGGCACCUUCAUGGACAUGAAUGGCGGCAAAGGCUGCGUUAUUUUCCUGCUCUCUCCUACUGACUUCAACGGCAAUCCUUACCGCCCCGAGUACGGCCUCUACGACGCUGGCAAGCUCGUCAUCACCGAUGAUUGGGCCGACACGGAGAGCACCAAGGACAUGGUGAACAGAGAGACCAAAGACUGGCAAGAUCCGCUCAAAUACAUUAAUAUUCACAUUGGACAGUGGCUGCUUACCUCGCAAGGCAUCGACGCUGUUUCCUGGGAUAACUACUACGAGGCCAUGCAGGUCAACCCUCUCAUCUACUCUCACGGUGUUAACGAAAUGAGCCCUACGGCCUGGCCAGGUGUUUUGAUGGUUGAUUACCUAGGCGAAACUUGGUACGCGGGCCACGACUUCGCAGACACGGGCGCCGAGCUGGCGACGUUGGCGGUUGGUCUCAAUCAGUACAUGCUCAGCGAGAACUGUGACGUGAGCAGCAUCUACCCGCCCUUGCUUGAUUAUCCUGAGGGCUACAAGGACAAGAGCGCCAACCAGGCGAUGAGCAAGCUCGACGCAGCGGACGAAGAACAAUGGAACGGCUUCAUUUUCGCAAACGGAACAGUUAUUGACCACCCCUCACCAGAUGUUGGCGUAUAUAACGGCCCUCACAAGGAUGAUGCCAUCAUCACUUAUUACUCUUAG